AUGUUUGAUAAUGAUAGAAAGUUGGAUCUUAACUCUAAGACCUUUGAUGUGCUUGAUCUCGAGCUGUUCAAGAACUAUAGAUUCAAAACUGUGGUGAGUUAUGUGUUCAUCUUUUGGGGCUUAACAAUUUUAAAAGUGGUACUCUUCGCAUCAGACAUCUAUACAUGUAUCAAGCUAUUAGCUUUCAAUUCUUGGUCCAAUAAUAUUAUAAAACCAUACCUCUCGUUUAAGAUCUCGAAAUGGCUGUUCAGCGGUUGUAUUCUAGCAUCUAUCGCUUUAAUGUUAUGGGAAGUUAUCAAUGGGAUACGUAUCUAUAGAACAAGAAGUAUUGCAUUAACUUACGUCAACAAUUUCUCCAGGAUGGUAAAUUCAAUCACCAACUAUAACAUAUUCUGCGUAUACAAUAAGAUCACUCCAAAGGGACGGUUCCAAAAGAUAUCUUUUUACACAUUCUUCGAAUUUAAAGACUGUGUUCGACUUCUAUUUACGGACACUCCGAGACAAGUGAUUAACGGAUUGACCUUAUGGUCAGUUUUGGUCACAAACAACAAUGGAGCAAACUUAGGACAGUUGGAGAAUUUUGAUGGGCUCAUCACGAAGAUAAAGAUCAUCGCUGAUACUAAUCAUCAGGAAGCUGUGCUAUUGUCGUUUAUGCUUUUAUCAUUUGCUAUUUGGACUGUGUUCAUGGCUAAACUUAUCGUGGCAGUCAUAUUUGCACCAUUCGUAUACCAUACCAUUUAUUCAAACUACUCUGUACGGGGUCUAAAAGAGCUUGUUUGCACAACAGUGAACAAGAGAGUCGACGAAUUGGUGGAAAAAUAUAAAUGGAAGAAAGAUCAAAAAACUGCAUUGCAAAAGGGACUAAUCGAUGGCAUAACGGUACCCUCAUUUGAUGAUAUUGAGAAAAGCACGACUAAUGAUACUCAGUUUCACUUUGACUAUACAUCCCGUGGAACAUCAAAUACUUUGGCAAUGUCCAAUUAUAAACUGGGCAAUUCGUCCACAUCGGACCAAUUAUCCCGGAAAUUCGUUCCAGUACCGUUUACCUCAGUCAUUAAUCAAGAUGCGGAUAGAAGUACAGAAUUUCUUCCGCCACCAAGAACAGUGUUCCCUUCUCAACUUGGAUCUCGUCCAAAACCGAACUCCGAACCCACGUUAGCACCAGCUGUGAAUCCUUUCCGUUCUAAACCUUUGAAUGAAACUACAGAUUCUUUGGACUCUACUCUUAACGGAAGCAACGUAGAAUCAGCUUUCAAUUCAAAGAGGACUUUCGUGAAACAGCUGACUCUGGAAAAGACUGAUUCUGAUCCUGAUUUUGGUCAAAAGAUAAAUGAUAUCGUGGACGAUUAUGGAGACGAUACUGAAUCAUUGCUUGUUCCCCAUAAUCCUUUCUCUUCUUCUAAAAGCCACGUCACCACUCCAGAUAGAGUUUACUUUAAUGAUGAUACCCCACUGCCUGCAAGAUCUACUAGUAUUAUGGACCGUAGGUUGAGAAUGGAAACGGAGGAUUAUGCGGUAUAUGCAGAACGCUUUAAUAUGAGUAGACGGUAA